GCGCCGACCGCCACCCGUGGGAGGUCACCUCGGGGGUUGCCAGAGCCAUCGGGGAGGCCAGCGGGGGAGGGCAAAGGUCAGGGCGACCGACGGGAACCCUCCCACGCCACCCCGGAGCCCACGGGGCCGGGCUCUCCCCGCCCCUCUUCUGCCAAUCGUUUGCCCCAACCUUUUGCCCCCCGGGAGCGAGCUCCCCUCACCCCGCCGCCCCCGUCCCACUCACGCUAGGGUCGGUGGGUAGUGGCGCCCGGGGACGACAACGCUCUUGCUGCCCCGGCCCGGCCCGCCUCCCGCCGCCACUGUCCACGCUCCGGCCUCUUCCCGCUCCCUCCCCCACCCCAGGCGGGCCCCCGAGGGGAGUGCGGGCUGACAAGGAGGUGCCCCUCGAGGGGCAGGCCGGACCGUUGAAGGACCAGGCAGCAGAUCCCGGGUUCUGGACGUUGGGGGCACCGGGGGUUCCGUGGCAGUUGGAGGGCCCAAGGGGCCAUGAGGCAGCCGGGGAGACACAGGGUCAGCGGCCCACCGGCCUGGCUGCUCCAGAAAUCCUGGAGGUCAGUGGUGGGCCAGGGCCAGGACCAUCCUUCCUCCUCCGCCUCCUCCUCCCUUCCCCACCUGAAUGAGGUCCACGGGUCUUCCUCCACCUCCUGCUCUCCCCGCCCCUCCUACUCCCCCCACUACUCCACACCCCAUUCCAGCUCCCUCCACCAUUCCUCCAGCCCUCCCUUGGCCACCGCCGCUUCCAGGAAGCGGAUGUGGGCCAUGGGCCGGGGUGUCACCUGCCUCGGCUUCAUCCUCUUCGCCCUGUCCACCCUCGAGAGCGAGUGGGGGCAGCAGGUGAAGGCCUCAGGGGAGUUACAGCUACUGAUCAACCCGCUGUGGGUGACCUGUCCUCACAAGAGGUGCCAGAGUACCCGACUGGACCAGGGCAUCUACAUUGCCACCUUAGCCCUGAUCAUAUUCCUGGUCCUGGUCGUGGUUGUCUCCCUCUCCCGGCCGGGCCUGCCUCUCCUCCGGUACAUCACCGCCUUCCUGAACUUCCUGAUAGCCAUCCUGCUGAUGCUGUGUGCCGUUCUAGUCGGGGACAUGACCCACGGCCUGUUCGGGCCGACGGUGAUGCAGUACACCUGGCCCUUCUACUGCGUGUGGUUGGACGCCUUCGUCUUCCUGAUCGCCGGAUUCCUCUGCCUCUUCAGCCACGGAGAUCCCAGGCUCUGCUGUAAACUCCCCGACUGCCAGACCCUGAGCGUGGACCUAGACCCCAGGCACUCCGGCAAGAGCCGCUUCUCCUUCCCGAACCACAGGAUGACCCCCCGAGUUACCGGCAACUCCCCUCAUCGCCUUUCCGUCAGCAGCCCCGGGUGGAGGAACCCCAGGACCAGCCCGCUCUCUACCAUCUCCGGUCCCCACUCUGAUAUCCCCAAAGUCUCCAUUUAACCCUGGGCAUGCCCCCCCCCCAACUUUUCCUGGGGCUCUGAAGGUGUGAGCCCCCUCCCCACCCCCCCACACCCUCCCCCCGGCCUAAGCCCCUCCCUCUCGUGGACCUGCGGGCCCCCAGACCCCGGGAGGAAAACGCAAUAAAACGAUGCUCCCAUGGCCACGGCCACCCGUCG